CCGUUUCCACCACAUCGUUAGAUGUCGAGUUUUAUUUAAAUUAAUUUACUAUUUUUCUCAAAUAAAGCCAUGACUGACAGUGAAACCCAAAACGGCCCUAGUGACCAGCCGCAAGAGAAAUCAGCAAAACAGCUAGAGAAAGAGGCCAAGAAGGCUGCAAAAUUAGAAAAACUUAAAGCCAAGUUGGACAAGAAAAGUUCAGCGCCAGCUGUUCAGAAAGAUAAGCCCGAGAAAAAAGCUAAAGAAACAAAAGAGAGUGCAGUUUAUUCAGCUAACACAGCUCCGGGAGAUAAAAAAGAUAUCAAUGGACCAAUGCCGGAUGCUUACAGUCCUCAGUAUGUUGAAGCUGCAUGGUACGCAUGGUGGGAAAAACAGGGAUUCUUUAAGCCUGAAUAUGGGAGAAAAUCAGUGUUAGAGCCCAAUCCCAAAGGCAAAUUUGUGAUGGUCAUUCCACCACCCAACGUAACUGGUACUCUCCAUCUUGGACAUGCAUUAACUAAUGCUGUUGAAGACGCUAUCACCAGAUGGCAUAGAAUGAAUGGACGAACAACACUAUGGAAUCCUGGCUGUGACCAUGCUGGUAUCGCAACACAGGUGGUGGUAGAGAAGAAAGUUUGGAGAGAAGAGAAGAAGACGAGACAUGAUCUCGGGAGAGAUGAGUUUAUUAAACGAGUUUGGGACUGGAAGAAUGAGAAAGGUGAUCGAAUUUAUUCCCAGCUUCGGUCACUGGGUUCUUCAUUUGAUUGGACCAGAGUCAGAUUUACGAUGGACCCGUCAAUGUGUCGUGCGGUCAAUGAGGCGUUUAUACGACUACACGACGCGGGCGACAUCUACCGAGCGAAUAGAUUAGUCAACUGGUCCUGUGCACUCAAGAGUGCUAUAUCUGAUAUUGAAGUAGAUAAAGUGGAACUCACUGGGAGAACUAUGCUCAGUAUACCGGGAUACGAUCAAAAAGUGGAGUUUGGAGUACUGGUAAUGUUUGCGUACAAAGCGGAGGAUUCUGGUGAAGAGGUGGUAGUUGCUACUACUCGUGUGGAGACGAUGUUGGGAGACGUUGCUGUGGCUGUGCAUCCAGAAGAUGCUAGGUACAAACAUUUAAUUGGGAAGAAUUUGAUGCAUCCGAUAGUGAAUAGAAAACUACCUGUGAUUGCAGAUGAAUAUGUGGAUAUGAACUUUGGAACAGGUGCUGUUAAAAUAACUCCCGCACAUGAUCCCAAUGACUACGAGAUUGGUAAACGACACGAUUUGCCUUUCAUCACUGUAUUUGAUGAUGAGGGAGUGAUGCUUGAUAACUGCGGACCAUUUGCUGGCAAGCGUCGCUUCCACGUACGUCGUGAGAUCAUCAAGACAUUAGAAGGUUUGAAGUUGUACAAGGAGACGAAGGAGCACGCGAUGGUGGUGCCGCUCUGCAGCAGGUCCAAGGAUGUUGUGGAGCCAAUGUUGAAGCCGCAAUGGUAUAUAAAAUGCGAUACAAUGGCAGCGGAAGCUAUCAAGGCUGUGAAGAAUGGCGAGCUGAAGAUAAUCCCGGAUGCGCACGAGAAGACCUGGUACCACUGGAUGGAGAACAUCCGCGACUGGUGCAUCUCCCGACAGCUGUGGUGGGGGCACCGUAUACCAGCUUACAGGGUUACACUGCCUCAGAAGCAAGAAGAACUUUGGGUAUCAGCGCAUACAGAAGAAGAGGCGCUGGAAAAAGCCUCAGCUAAGUUCCAAGUGGGUAAAGAAGAGAUUUCACUGAAGAGAGAUGAAGAUGUUCUCGAUACUUGGUUCUCUUCUGGUCUCUUCCCCUUCUCUAUCUUCGGAUGGCCUGAUCAGACUGAAGAUUUACAGGCAUUCUAUCCAGGCACUCUGUUGGAGACGGGACACGAUAUACUCUUCUUCUGGGUAGCAAGGAUGGUCUUCUUUGGUCAACGACUUAUGGGAAAAUUGCCCUUCAAAGAGAUCUACCUCCACCCAAUGGUGCGCGAUGCUCACGGACGCAAGAUGUCGAAGUCCCUGGGCAAUGUGAUAGACCCAGUGGAUGUGGUGCGGGGUGUGACGCUGCAGCAGCUGCACGCUCAGCUGCAAGACUCCAACCUGGACACCAAGGAGAUAGAGAAGGCCAAGCUCGGCCAGAAACAGGACUACCCUAAUGGGAUACCUGAGUGCGGUACUGACGCCUUGAGGUUCGCAUUGUGCGCGAUGACGCAAGGUCGCGACCUGAACCUGGACAUCCUGCGAGUGCAGGGCUACCGGUUCUUCUGCAACAAGCUCUGGAACGCCACCAAGUUUGCGCUCAUGUACUUCCCCAAAGACACAACAUAUAAUGUUCACUCUAGAAGUCUUCCCGCUCUAUCAGCGAUGGACCGCUGGAUGCUGUCGCGGCUGUCGCUGGCCGUGCAGAAGGUGAACUCCGGCUUCCAGAACUACGACUUCCCCGCAGCCACCACUCACUGUUACAACCUCUGGCUGUACGACCUGUGUGAUGUUUACUUGGAAUAUCUGAAGCCUGUGUUUGCGACAGGAUCUGAAUCUGAGAAGUCUGGAGCGCGACAGACUCUGUACACGACGCUGGAGUACGGCCUGAAGCUGCUCAGCCCGUUCAUGCCAUUUGUUACCGAGGAGUUGUACCAGCGGCUGCCCAGAGCUGAUACAUCCUGCCCUUCCAUAUGCGUAGCUAAUUAUCCUACAGAGGCAGAUACACCAUGGCGAUCAGAAGAAUUGGAAUCAGACGUGGAUAUAGUACUGAAGAUGGUUCAUCUCAUCAGGUCCACUCGGUCCGAGUACAACUUGACCAACAAGCAGAAGACCACAGCCCACGUCAUCAUUUCACCAGAACUGAAUGUUGAACAUCUGAGGGCGCUGAUGAGGAGCCUACAGUCGCUGGCUAACAGUGAACUGAGUGAGGAACAGCCACCUACAGGAUGUUCUAUACUUACCGUCUCCGAUAAAAUUGAAGUACAUCUAGUGCUCAAGGGCCUUAUAGAUCCUCAGAAAGAGAUCGCAAAACUUGAAAAGAAGAAGGAAUCAUUAUCACAAACUAUUAGUAAGCUCCAACAAGCGAUGGCCGCAGACGACUACUCUGUUAAAGUACCCGCAGAAAUACAGAAGACAAAUACUGAAAAACUCUCCCAAUCACAAGGUGAAUUGGAAAAACUAGAUAAAGCUAUGGCAACACUAAAACUGAUGUAAUACAGAUUAUGUCAAUUUAAAUAAUUUAAACGUCAUUAUACUUAUUUGUACAACUGAUUUCCUUGUGAAUUAAAUAAUAACGUUUUAAUGCAUUUUGUAAUGACUAGAUAUUCUAUUUGUGUUCAGUUUUCAAGUGAAACA